CGUGUGACCACACAGCAAAAUUAAAGAACUUCCAAUGUGCAAACCACAGCGCACGACCAAUGGAGGAGUAGAAAAGUACAGACAUGGUGGCGAACCAAAACAUUACCUUGUUCAUCCUGUCCGUAGGCCUUAGUAUUGCUGGAUUCACUGCUGGGGACGACGACCAAUUCGUCUACACCGGCUUCGCUAGCAGCAACCUAACCCUCGAUGGUGGAGCGACAGUCACGCCGAGCGGCCUCCUUGAGCUAACCAAUGGCACCGUUCGGCAGAAAGGCCAUGGAUUCCACCCCAGUUCGGUGCUCUUCUACGAGUCCUCUAGUGGUGCAGUGCAGUCUUUCUCUGUAUCCUUUGUGUUCGCCAUUCUCUCUACCUAUCCUGAGACUGAGAGUGGUCAUGGCCUAGCUUUCUUCAUUGCGCCAGACAAGAAUUUAUCGGGUUCAUUCCCAACCCAGUACUUGGGCCUCUUCAGUGACCAGACCAAUGGUGACCCAAACAGCCACAUCUUUGCAGUUGAGCUCGACACCGUCCAAAAUUAUGACCUACAGGACAUCAACAGUUACCAUGUUGGCAUCAACGUCAAUAGUCUACGCUCCAUCCGAUCCCAUGAUGCAGGCUACUAUGAUGAUAAAAGUGGUUUGUUCAAAGAUCUGUCACUCGAUAGCCAUGAGGCGAUGCAAGUGUGGGUGAACUACAACAGAGAAACCACACAGAUCAAUGUCACCAUAGCUCCCCUCAAUGUCGCCAAACCAGUGAGGCCAUUGCUGUCUGCUAACUACAAUCUCUCAGCAGUCAUCACUAAUCCGGCGUAUAUUGGUUUCUCAUCCUCAACAGGCUCUGUUAGUGGGCAACACUAUCUGCUUGGUUGGAGCUUUGGCAUCAACAGUCCUGCUCCACCAAUCGACAUUACCAAGCUGCCAGAGAUGCCUCGUCUUGGUCAGAAGGCUCGGUCGAAAGCAUUACAGAUAACUCUGCCAAUAACAAUUCUGGCUCUGUUCCUUGCUGCAAGCAUUACUAUUUUUUUAUUCGUGCGGAGGAAGCUAAGAUAUGCUGAACUACGUGAAGAUUGGGAGGUUGAGUAUGGGCCUCACAGGUUCUCAUACAAGGAUUUAUUCGAUGCCACAAGAGGAUUUAGAGAAGCUAACCUGUUAGGUACAGGAGGGUUUGGAAUGGUGUACAAGGGGAUUCUCCGUGGAUCCAGACUGAAUAUUGCUGUGAAGAGGGUGUCACACGACUCAAAACAGGGCAUAAAGGAGUUUAUAACAGAGAUUGUUAGCAUCGGCCAUCUUCAACAUCGUAACCUGGUGCCCUUAUUGGGGUACUCCCGGCGGAAAGGCGAGCUUCUCUUAGUGUAUGAUUACAUGCCCAAUGGAAGCCUCGACAAAUACUUGUAUGGUAAAGAGGGCAAGCCUACUUUAGAUUGGAAUCAAAGGUUCCAAAUAAUCAAAGGAGUAGCAUCUGGUUUACUCUACCUUCAUGAGGAGUGUGAGAAAGUCAUCAUACAUUGUGACAUCAAGGCAAGCAAUGUGCUCAUCGAUAAUGAGAUCCAUGGGAGGAUUGGUGAUUUUGGUCUCGCGAAAUUGUAUGACCAUGGCACUGACCCAGAAGCCACACAUGUGGUUGGCACCAUAGGAUACCUGGCUCCGGAGGUAGCACGCACUGGCAGGGCAACCCCUCUGACGGAUGUUUUUGCCUUCGGUAUAUUCAUUCUUGAGGUCACAUGUGGGCAGAGGCCUAUCAAGCAAAGUACCCAAGACAGGCAGGUAAUGUUAGUUGACUGGGUGCUGGAACAUUGGCAUAAGGGAUCACUUACUGAUACAGUGGACAUCAAAAUUCAAGGUGAAUAUGAUAUUGAUGAGGCAUGUCUAGCACUGAAGCUAGGAUUGUUAUGCUCCCACCCAUUCACUAGUGCAAGGCCAAAUAUGAGGCAAGUCAUGCAGUACCUCAACAAAGAAAUGCCAAUACCAGAGUUAACACCAAACUUAAGCUUUUCCAUGCUAGCCUUGAUGCAGAAUGAUGAGCUGAUAAUGCACUGUCCAUCAGAAAUAGGCUUCGGCACAAUAUCUACCAUCUCAGGAGUCAGGAGGUAGAUGACUAGAUGCUAUGGGGCUUGACAGUGGCAGGCACAGGUCUUCAAUGUUUGCAUGCACAGUUGCACACAUAGUCAAUGUUCCAUAAAGAUGAAGACAUGAAGUAAACUCUAUAAAAUAGAGUCGCUUAAUA